AGUCCCCUGCCCAUAAGCAUCCUGUCUGUCUCUAUGUCUAUGUGUUAAUCUCCCCUGGUUUCGCUACAACAGGUCUCAUCGCAGAGCCCCUUUAACAGAACACAGAGAGUCAAGUCUCUCUCUUUUUGUCUCUCUCUCUCUUCUCCUCUCUCUUCCUCUCUCUUCCUUUUCCUUUCUUUUUUCAGAAUGGAGUCUCUGGCCAUGCUGGUCCUCCUCUUCUUCUCUCAGGGUCAAAGUUCAACCCCGGAGGUUGAGAAGAGGUCAACGUGUGAUCGAUGUGACGAGCGUCUCUUCUGCAACUGCUCCUCGCGGAACUACCGACACGUUCCCACGGUAACCGUCACCGAGGUCGUAACCCUCGACCUCUCCUUCAACGACAUCACCACGGUCGCUGAGGACGAUCUGAGAGAGUACACGUGGUUACGAACCCUUGAUCUCCGUAGCAACAGGAUCCAGAGUAUCCACGAAUGGGCCUUCCACCUUCUGCAGGGCCUGGAGUCUCUGGACUUGUCUUAUAACCAGCUGGCUGCUCUGAAUCCGGUCUGGUUCUCCAAGCUCCUCUCCCUACAACACCUCAACCUGCUGGGCAACUGUUACAGGACCCUCGGCCCUGGAGGGACGCUGUCUCUCUUCAGGUCUCUGAUCAGGCUGAGGUUUCUGAGGUUUGGGAACCCUGCUCUGGAGGAGGUGAGGAGAGGAGACCUGGCUGGAGUCAGACAGUUGGACCAGCUGGAGGUCUACGGGAAUAACCUGAAGAGGUAUGACCCUGGAAGCAUUGGUGAUCUUUGGCCUCUAAGGGUCGUGACGCUGCGUCUCCGAGGACCUUUCCAGGACAACCUGACACUCGUCUCCUCUAUCUUCCAUGACGUCUCCUACUCAGAAACCUUUCUGGUAGUCGCCGACGUCCUGCUGCUCGAGAAGACCUCCGUCGCACCGUUCAGUGAGAUCAACCAGAGACGGCUACGGUCCAUUCUGUUCCAGAACGCAACCUUGACGGACGAGGCCAUCAUUCACUUCCUGGAGGUUAUGGACUGGGCUUCUCUUGAGUCCUUCGGAUUAGAGGAUGCAACGUUCCAUGGUACAGGCGCCUGGAAGCCGGCUAGACAGACUCACCUUGUCAACAUGGACACAGUCUACUUCAGAAACAUAGAGGUCGUGAAAGUCUUUAAGUUCACCUCCUUCCUGAACCUGGGGUUUCUACUGAAAUACCUCAGACAGAUCUCUAUCAUUAACUGUAAGGUGUAUGUAAUGCCGUGUCUGACCUCUCACCUGUUGACCCAACUGGAGUACCUGGACUUGAGUAGUAACCUGCUGACUGAUCUGACCUUGACGGAAUCUCUGUGUCACGGGCAUGGGAUCCUGAGGAAUCUCAGAGUUAUUAACGUCAGCGACAACGCCUUAAAGUCCAUUUCCAUCAUCAGCAAACUCGUCACCCGUCUGGACAAACUAAUCCACCUGGACAUCAGUCAGAACGCCUACACCUCCAUGCCUCCCACUUGCUCCUGGCCACAGACCCUGACUCACCUCAACAUCUCGUGGGCUAAGCUGCAGAGGGUCACCCACUGUCUGCCCCUGACCCUGGAGAUCCUGGAUCUGGGACACAACGACCUGACGGCUUUCCAUAGUGUUGCUCUCCCGGUCCUGAGGGAGCUGCACCUCUCUGGGAACAAGUUGAGGCGUUUGCCACCUGGAUGGUUGUUCCCUAGCCUGGAGGUUCUCCUGAUCCAGAGCAACACUCUCAACAUGUUUGGACCCAUGGACCUCCAACUCUACAGGAAGCUCCGAGCACUGCAGGCCGGUCAGAACAGGUUUGUGUGUUCCUGUGAGUUUGUCUACUUCAUGGUCUGGAGGUGGGGUGGAGCAGUAGAGGGCAGCGUUGAGCUAACAGACAGAUGGGAUAACUACCUUUGUGACUCACCGCUGCCCCUGCAGGUCAUUUAAAUAUUUAUUAUAUUU